AUGUGUUGUUACCAUUCCCAGCAGCGGGACGAACAACAGACAGUAACGUUGAAGGAAUGUCUUCGCAAAUUGGGUGACGCGAUGGUGUACAUGAAGAACCUUUCUGACGAGCAAUUCCGCCGCUCUGAUGCCCUCAUGCAACAACAGAAUCAGGUCAACGCUCUUGCUGCUCGCAGUCGAGAGUUAGAAAACAGCCUCAACCAGGUUGGCCUGACAAACGAGAUGCUCGCCUCAAAAGUGGAGGAGCUGGACACAGUGAAUCAGAACCUAGUUCGUGAGUUGCGCGACAUGAAGGACAAGUACGACGAGAGCUUAAUUCUGUACACUCAAGCACAGGCAACGGUGCGCAAACUACGCGAUCGAUCUCGGCGAGCCAGCUUGCGGCCGACACGCCUCCUCUACAGUCCGCUUGGGAGUAGACAGGGCACUGAUAUCCUCCCUUCGCCUCUCCCUGAUAAACCUCUCUCCAUAGCCGAUGAACUUGCUCUCUCAUCUUCCCAUGAAAAAUCUACACAGUCUGGUGCGGCUCGCUGUCCGCCUGACCAUCGAUCUUUCCAGGUAGCGGGUGAUAACGUGGAGAUGCAUCCCGACCAUGCCGCCUCCAGGACGCAGAAGGGAACAGAUUGUACCGAGUGGGAUGAUCCUACCAUUGAUAACCCGAUAGACUCUGCCCACAGAGCAUCAGGAGGAUUCACAGAGGAUGUAUCACCACCACCGCCGGACAGCCAACUCCUGGCCCUCCAGCAUGGCAUCGACUGGGAUGUGGACCGGGAACCAGAGAUAGAAGAAGAUGAAGACGAGUCCUCUGAAGUUAUUCGCGCUUUUACUCAACACCACAUCUCUUCUCAACCCACCUCCACUGAUCGGGCGGUCCGACGUCCGAAGGUGUCGGAUGUGCAAAAACUUUCUCCAUCUUCUCACGAGCCCUCGACGAAUCGUCGUAGUUGGGUAAUUGACCAGAACACCGCCACAAUCCCACCGCAGCACAGCUUUGAUGACAGCACCCUCGGAUCAACUGGCCCCACAUCUAUCUUUGCUCAAGCCGUACGUCCACAGCGCCUGCAGCUGGUGAAGCAGUUGCAGGGUUCGGGUGUGCUACAGCGGUGGCAACGCCUGGCGACGCCGAGCCUCACUGCGGCGCUGUAUGAGGGACCUCUUAGUGGAGUGGCCAGUCGCAGCGGAGUACUCUUUUCCGAUCCCUUCAAUGCCACAAGCAUUGCCCCCGUGUCUUCUUCCAUUCCCCUUCGGUGGGCCUCCGGUGCCGAUCUCAGUAAGUUCCACUUCUCUUUAUGCCAUCGAAUUUAUCCUCAUCCCUACAUUACGACUCUCACUUUUUACUCUGGAUCCGGACGCAUCAGAUUGCUUCCCCUCAGACAGCUUAUGUAA